CAUUUUACGGCAAUAGCUCGUAGCGAUUAGACUAGCUAGAAAAAUUUAACCAGCUAACAGAACUCUUACAGUUUGCUUAUAUCGAGAAAUCGUAAUAUAUUGUUCUACAUAUUUUUGUAUUAAUAAGAUUCGCUAAAUAUUGAUCGAAGUCAUCAUACAAUGAGGUGUGUCCAUAUUAACAUGGACACAACAUUAUUUUCCCACUGCCCUAAUGGGCAAUUAGAGAAUAAAAACAAUUGUUCUGACACUGAUUUUCUCGAAGGUGUAUUAAGUCCUCUCCAGACAACUACUGGAAUAAGAGACAGCGAGAACAUGAGCACGAGCUAUCCGGAAAAUUUAAAUGAUGAUAAUGUCAUAUUCAAUGCUGAUUUGGAUUUUAUUAUGAACUAUAUCAACGAUCCUAACUCGAAUACUUUUACACCACUUCCACAAGAUGAACAACGAACUCCAAAUAACCUUGAUCAAAUUCAAUACGAAACUUGGGAUAGUGAUCAACUUCCUCCGAAAGAACGGAAUAACACUCUGCUUCAGUUGAAACAAGAAAAGCUAGAAAUGGAAGAAACACCAGAAUAUAACCUUCAAAGAAUAGAACAGCCACAACAGAAUAAAAAGGAACAGAGCAUUAUUGAUACACCUCAAACAGGAACGAGGAAGUUGUCUGAACAAGAGAGACUUGAGAGAAGAAAGGCUUCAAAUAGAAAAGCGGCGAAAAAGUUUCGUAACAAGAAAAAGGAUGAAACUAAACAAAUUGAAGAACAACUGAAAAAUGAGCUGAUCAAAAAUGAAAAAUUGGCCAAAGAAAACAGAGAUCUAAAAGCCUCCUUAGCUCAAUUAAGGGCAGCAUAUGAAAAUCAUAUUUGCUUCCAAAAAUGACAAGAUAUCAGAAGAGGGGAAAGAGGAAGAUAAAAACACAAACUUUAUAUUUUUACGUCCAUUUUUCGGUUUUCCUUAUGAUCUCUGCUGUUUAAAGAUCACCGAUCACCUAGUAUUCAUUUGUCCUAAUGUAUAAUUAUUGUAGGAUUUUUGAGGAGAAGGGUAUAUAAGUAUUGUUAAUGAAACCUAACUCCAUCGUCAUAAAACGGUAUUUGGUGCUUGGAGAUUUUCUUCCAAAAGCUUAAAGGCUUAUAUUUUUAUGAUGAAUAUUAUAAACAAAAUUAUAUCUUAAUUCAAGAAUGUGUUAUGUAAAUUGUAUGUUAAUUCUGAAGGGAUUAACUAAAUACAUAUAUAUAUAUAUAUGCAAUAUAUACUGUUUUAUAAUCCAUUCUAUACUUUCGUUCCUUUAUUCAAACGUUAAUCUAUACUCUAUGUACUAUAACUGGACAGUGACAAUGAUGAACAACAUAAUCAGAAACAGAACCUAGGAUAGUACGUCUUAUCGUACCCAUUCCUCUAGUUCCCAUCAUUACGAAAGAUGCUCUUAAGUCCUUGGCGGCCGAUACGAUAGCUUCCCCUGGUUUUCCAUAGCGAAUAUCAAAUUUUAUUGCUAUGUUUUUCUCCUUUGCUAUCUUUUCAUACUUUUCCUCGAUAAACUUUUUCUCUUCCAUCUCUUUUCUAUACAUUUUUUGCCAUUCCCCUUCGGAUAGACGCAUUCCCUCUGUUGUACAAGUUUAAACACUAUUUACUUUGAAACAUAUUUGUUUAAUUUUGUUUAUAAUUCACCGGAAGUUGCCAAGGAAGCUCCUUCAACACAAUAGACAAGAUAAAUGUCUGACUUGGCCUUAUGAAGUCGAUCAACAUACCCUAAACAAAUCCAUUAACAUUAAAUAGGACUAUUUACAUUCUUUAAUUGAUAUGAUAUUCCAUGUUUAAAUAGCAUAGAAGCGAUAAUAUAGUAUAACAAUUAAAUAGUAGAAUGCUAGACAACUUACAGUCGAACAUCUUUUCGGCAAUUUUACUCUUAUCAAUCGCAAUGAUAACGGUAGUUUGUUCCGAGCUUUCUGCCAUUUUUAUCUUCUAUUGUCUAUAAUUAAUUAUCUAAUUAGGCAAUAUAUUGAAAUGAGCCGAAAAAUCACCUCCGCAAAAAAUUCUUGCCGUCUUUACGAAUGUCUUUUAGAUUAUGAAAUGUCAAAUUAAGGGCAAUCUUAUCUUUAGAGGAUAAGAUUUUUUUUCUAGAUACAUACUUGAAUAGAUUAUAGAAAAUUAUAUUAAAGUAAUAGCCAAAAGAUGGCUCUAGAAAGCAAUCAGUGGUUAUAUUGAAUUUUUA